AUAAUGAAUUCAGUCACUUCAUAAUUUCACAUGAAGUGACACUAUCAUAAAAAACUAAUUCGAAUCAACCCAAAUUUUCAGUUAUCAUUCCUCGUUUUUCGCUGUUUAUUCCUGCUAUAGCUUCCCCCCACUUGAAGCACUAAAAACUGCCGAGUAUGAACUGAUUACCGAUCACUCUGUAAUCGUUCCGCUGUUUCACUAACUACACUACCCAAGAGACUUACGUCCGGUUCGAUGUUCGCUAAAAAUAAUGUCGAUCGCAUGAAGAUUUUUAAAUAACGUGUGCUUGGCUCGCGUGCCUUUAUCCUACCUCCCAGUUUCAAUGUCGGCACACAAAUCGCUUUGCAGGUUAUAUAAGUUCAAAAACGAAGACGAACACGACAACGACAAUCACAAAACAAUCUAUUUUUAUUGAGACAAUGAUCCACUAAGUACACACCCAACAACGCAAAGCAAUUGAUUUAAAAAUGGAUGAGUUCAUGUUUCGCAGCUCGCAAAAGAUCGAGCACCUGCAGUAUCAGAUGGGAGUUGCUGUGACAGAGGGAUCCAAAGCAAUCUCACAACUUUCAUACAGUACCAAGAAUGCAGUUGUGCACACACUAAACAGUCCUACUUCCAUUCACAUACAGGAAGCUCUUAGAAACUUUUGUAGCUACUGCUGUACAAUAUUGGAUGAAUUAAGGUGUAGUAUUCUGUAUCAUUGCAAUCCCAGAAUGAUCAUUCAUAGUUUAACAAGAGUGUUUGGAACAGAAUGGAGCAGGAGAGAUGUUUUCUUUGGAUGUGCAGGCAUUUUAGUUGGGAGUUUAUUUGGGAUUGGUAUUGGUAUUGCAUUCCAUAAGAAAGGAGUUGUUUUCAAACAUAUGCUUGCUGUGCAAUGCACAAGUUAUGUUGGAAUAGAGGGUGCUUCAGCAACAGAUGAAGGCAUCGCGACAACGCACAUAAAAGACGAUGAAGUUUUAAUCAACGUGAAAGCCGCAUCGGUUCAAGUCAUCGACGCAGAUAUCUGCAGCGGAUAUGGCCGGACACUCCGACGACUUUUGUCCACUUAUCAGUAUUCAAAACAUGAUCUCCCAGUCACAUUAGGCCGUGAUUGUACUGGAUUAGUAGUGGAUAUCGGUAAAAACGUAACGCGUUUUGACAUCGGCGAUGAAGUAUGGACAACCUCGCCGUAUUGGGCGCAGGGCACAAUGUGUCAAUAUUUCGUCGCUAAUGAAGUAGACGUAUGCUUAAAACCUUCCGCGAUUGGUUUCGAAGGCGCUUGUAGUAUACCAUAUGCCGGUGGUGUGGCUCUCAAUGUGCUUGCAGAGUUAAAUACUUCACCAGAAGCGAUGCGUGGUCGGCGAAUAUUUGUACAAGGCUGCUGCACGCCAGUGGGCUGUAUUCUGGUGCAAUUGUUUAAAGUAUGGGAAGCGCAUGUCACGACCACGUGCUAUAGACGUGCCGUGCCAGUUGCCGAAGCGCUUAAGGUCGAUGAUGUUAUCAUGCUCGGUUACAACUCGGAAAUCCGCGUGAAAAAUGGCCAGAAUCUACAACUACCCGAGUUAGAUGCAAAUGUGCUGCUUAAGGCGUUGGCAGCGCGUGAUCCAUUUGAUGUUAUUAUCAAUACGCGCAAGUGCGGAGUGGAUGAUGCGCAGUUUCGAGAGUUUUGUCCAAAUGGCGUCUAUUUCUCAACUGCACAGUCGACAUUGUCCGAGGAUUCAUAUCAAUUCCCAACAUCAUUUCUUUUCAACUCAUAUGUUCGACUGAAGUCUUAUUAUCAGAUUUUAUUCGGGAAGCAAGUACGGAAUUUCGGCGAAGUUCACAUUUGUCAUAAAACUCUCGACGAGUUGAAGACACUGGUAGACACAGGCAAGUUGAAAACGCUCGUCGACAGGGUUUACCAUCCAGCCGAAAUUGAAAACGCCUUAUAUCACAUACAAUCGACUGAAUCAAUAGGUAGUACAGUAAUAACAUUUAGAUGCUCCAAAUAAACAUAACUUCAUAACAAA